UCCAAUUUGGAGGGAAAAAUUAAAAGGCAGCAAGAAGAAGAUGCCGGUGGCGCGACCAGAAACGUCUGAUUCCAGAAUUAUUGCUCAUGUCGACAUGGAUUGCUUUUAUGUUCAAGUGGAGCAACGAAAACAACCUCAUCUAAGAGGUCAGCCAACGGCUGUAGUACAAUACAAUUCUUGGAAAGGUGGAGGUCUGAUUGCUGUCGGCUACGAGGCCAGGAAAGAUGGGGUGAAACGCUCAAUGAGAGGUGAUGAGGCAAAGAAAGCUUGUCCACAAAUUCAGUUGGUCCAAGUCCCUGUGUCUCGUGGUAAAGCUGACUUGACCAUAUAUCGGAAUGCAGGUUCAGAGGUUGUUUCCAUUCUUUCAAGGAAGGGGCGAUGUGAGCGCGCAUCGAUUGAUGAAGUGUACCUGGACCUCACUGAUGCUGCUGAAAGAAUGUUGAAAGAAACACCAUUAGAAAGCUUGGAGAGUAUCAGUGAAGAAGUUCUCAAAUCACAUGUUUUGGGGCUUAAAGCGGAUGGAAAAGAUGACAAAGAAACUGUGAUGGAAUGGCUGCAGCGGCCAGAUGCUGAUCACCGUGAUAAGCUGCUAGCAUGUGGAGCUAUUAUUGUUGCUGAACUCAGGUUGCAAGUUCUACGAGAGACUGAAUUUACAUGUUCUGCAGGGAUUGCUCAUAACAAAAUGCUGGCUAAACUAGCAAGUGGUAUGAAUAAACCUGCACAACAAACUAUUGUCACAUCCUCGUCAGUGAAAGAUCUUCUUGAACCGUUGCCUAUAAAGAAGAUGAAACAACUUGGUGGGAAGCUUGGGAGCUCUCUGCAAACUGACCUUGGUGUAAAUACUGUUGGGGAUUUAUUGCAGUUUUCUGAGGAAAAACUACAAGAGUUUUAUGGUGUCAAUACCGGCACCUGGCUGUGGAAUAUUGCGAGGGGUAUUAGCGGGGAUGAAGUUGAGGGUCGUGUGCUCCCUAAGAGCCAUGGGUCCGGGAAGACAUUUCCUGGACCUAGGGCUUUAAAAACUCUUUCUGCUGUUGAAAAUUGGCUGAAAGAACUUUGUGAUGAAUUAAGUGAACGCCUUCAAUCGGAUCUGGAAAAGAAUAAACGAAUUGCCCAUACACUUACACUGCAUGCUAAUGCUUAUAAGUCUACAGAUACAGAUUCACACAAAAAGUUCCCUUCAAAAUCAUGUCCUUUGAGAUAUGGGGCAGGAAAGAUGCAAGAAGAUGCGGUAAAUCUUUUCCAAGCUGGGUUACGUGAAUACCUUGGGUCAUACACAAAUCCCUUGGCAAACCAGUGCGGUGGAUGGGGAAUUACUAAUCUGUCUGUUUCAGCCUGCAAAAUUGUUGCUAUACCAUCUGGUACUUCUUCGAUCACAAGGUACUUCCAUGGUCCUGAUCAGUUACACGCUUCAUCAGAACCGCCUGUUGAAAAAAUUGUUCCUGAAGAUGAUAAUUUAUCACCAUCAAGAUCUGAAAGACCUUGUGUCUCUCAUCAGACUGAACAGCAAACUGAUUAUGAUGUGGAACCAACUUCAAUUGCACAUGAUAUCUCUAGUUCCGACAGGCAUGAGAAUGCAUGUAAAGAUGAGGCUAGUGGCGAUUUCACUAGAGAAGCUUUCCAGUUAUCUUCAGGAACUGAUAGCUGUUCGACUUCGAAACAGAAUGGACUACAACCAGGCUUACCUGAGAAAGAAACGAAGAUAAAGCACUCAAAUAAUGAAAUAAGAUUAUACAACCAGAAAAGAAAGACAACAAAAGUUAAUGGAACAUCUUCCAUCCUGAGAUUUCUCCAAAGCAAUGCUUACUCUUCAUCAAAACAAGAAAAUUCCAGUGCCUCUCAAGAAACAAAUUGCUCACCAUCAGGGGUAGAACAACCGAAUAAGAAGGGUGAAAACUUGACCCAGAGUCAAAAUGAGAGAACAAAUACAUGGAGUUACAAUGUUAAUGAAAUCGACCAAUCCGUGGUUGAUGAGUUACCACCGGAGAUACAGGAAGAACUUCGUACUUGGGUUCGGCCGCAGAAGCGACAAAACAUUGUAAAACGAGACUUCAUGUGUUACUGGGGAUUCCACCUGAGCCAACUUUGUUAACUUGGCUGGCAAAUAUAGGGCUCAUCGGAUAAUCUGCAUACCGUUGGAACCUGGAAGAAAAAACACAAUAAUUUUUAAUUUGUUAGAAUCAAAGAUAGACGAAGAUAAAUCCAAGAAGAAUAGGUGCAAAGUUUGAUGUUACUCUAAGUUCAUCUUUGACAUUUUUGUUUUCUCUUAUAUGUACUCGUAAUGAAUUAAAUUUUUACACUGUCUCGUUUUUUAUGUUUGUGCAC